CUGAAAACUGCGAAAAUAUUGCAAUAUUUGGACGAAAUAUUCUCGACGUGCGUGGCACGUCAUUCCGGCGCAAGAAGUCAACGCCGAUGGUAUUUCCUGCAUUCUUGGAACCGUCUCCGUGCGAUCGAAAGGUGACAAAGAGCAGCAAGCUCACCUCACAAUCGGCGAACGUCUGUGGAUUUGAGCGUUUGUGCAACGAUCUUGAGAGUUUCGUUAGUUGACCGACCGAGAGAGUGAAAACAUCGGCCGAUAAAUAAAAAUAGUGUCCACGGUUCAACGCUUGGCAUUAUCUGUACGCAACGGAGGGCGAUCGUUGUUGUAUUUGUUUUUCUCGAUACACGUGCUCCUGCGAGCAGCGCCGAUACUAGCCGCCAUCUAUAUUUAGGGAGAUCGUUCGGGAGCAGGAAAUUCGUGAGUCGACGACCGUGCGUGUUCGUUCGCUCGGUUCCUUCGAAAUCUCACUCACUCUCACUCUCUCUCUCUCCCUGUCUCUCUCUUUCUAACGCGUGAAGAACGAGGCAUAAGGUGAAUUUCAGUGAACUCGGUCGGCUCGGUUGGACCGAUGCGAUGGCGGCGAGAAACCACCUAUGGUGCAUUCCGGUAAACUUCUACGGCGGAAUUGCCGCGACGGUGAACGCGUGGUGACGUCUUUAACGAUCUCGCACGACGUAAAGCCGCGUCCAUAAUUGCGUAACCUGCAGUCGUCGUCUCGCGAGUCGCCGUGGACGCGUAAUGGGCCGAUUUCGUUGAACGAUCGUGAAGCAACAACUGGUGAAUCGUGACAUGUGAGCGAGCCGCAUCCUCGAGGAGAACAUGUUGAACGCCGAGAACACCGAGAACGGGUCGCCGAAACGUCGAUCGACCUUCUACGUGUCUUUGGACACCGACGCCCGCGGACAACCGUCCAAGAUCCCGAAAACGAGCGCCGAGCCGAUCGACAAGUUCGUCAGCAACACGUUCCCCGUGACGACGACGAAAGCGGCGCCGAAUUCGGUGAUAUUAACCCGCACGUUGAGCAACAACGACUCGCUGUCGAAUCCGCGGCACGGGGAAGAGCCGGCGUUUCCGGAAUCGAGGGGCAAAGUGCAGUCGUUGACGAAGAUCUUCGAGGCGUCGAAGGUGGAACAGGUGUCGAAUGGAGGCUGCGAUCAGAGGAAGAAGGUCGAGAGGACCAGGUCGUUCAAGACCAUCGAGAGGUUUCACAGCCGGUUCACCGGCCGAAAGGACGCGAGUCGAAAGGACAGCCGCCUGAACAACACGAUCGCGUAUUUCGAGGUGGAGGACGAGGAUUCCGCCUCGAGGAGGAAGCCGGAUGCUGACAAGCGACCCUCGAGCGCGAAGUCUUCGAACAGCGCGGCGAAGAUCGCUACCACGGAGACGAGGAGCAGCAAGCAAAGCACCACGUUCACGAACUUGUUGAUACGUAGAACUCACAGCACCAAGCUGGCGAGAAGCACGAGCACGCUGGUGAAGCACGUGUCCGGCAGGCACGCGUCGGUGGACAGCCCGUGCGGCGUCGCGACGCCCGCCAGGGCUGAGAAAUCGUCGAAGGAGGACACCGAAACGCCGGACGAUUUUGUCGCCGAUAACGACGAGGGCACCGAGUCGUCCGUGUUCGAGGACGCCGACGCCGACGCAGGGAUACACUCAGACACGUCCUCGAGACAAUCUCUCGCGGUUUACUUGAACAAUCGACUAUGUCAAACUCGUUGCGCAACAAGUCGCAACAAGGGGCUCGUUACACGCAAAAGUUUUGACAUCUCCGCUCGAUUGACUUCUUUCAACGUGACGUUCGUCACGGUGUCUCGCAAGCACGUUCAACGAGUUUUGCACGUUUGCUCGCCGCAAUUUUGUUGGAGUGCCGCGUAA